CCGGUUCCGUAGGCUUCGGGCAGAUGUCAUGUUAGCCAAUAUAUGAAACACUUAAGCAAGCGUUUGCUGUCGUAUUCCAUUGUAGUGUGAAAAGGAGAAAGUUGAGUAAUGGAUGCUGCGAGAACUAAGACUGUGAAGGACCCAAAAAUUCAAGGAGCACAGAUCGGAAAGCCUAGUAGUGAGGGACCCAGGAGAGUUCCUGUAUUGCAAAGCUCUCACAAGUCUGCAGCAACGCCUUCACAGCGUGUUCUUGGUGUGUCGAAUGGACCCCAGCGUGUACAGCGACCCCAGAGUCAGCAGAAACUGCCACCUAAUGCACCGAGUAGUAAGGCUACACAAGCUUGUGACAAGAAUGUGAAUCAACCAAAGAGUAAAGAAAGCUCUGCACCAGAGCCCACUAAGACUGUGGUUCCUGCCAAGCAUGAGAAAACAUCUGAAAAACCAGAUAAACCCAGCACUGAGGAAUCAAGUAAUAAGAAACGAUGGAGCCUGGACAAUUUUGACAUUGGUCGCCCCUUGGGAAAAGGCAAAUUUGGUAAUGUGUACUUGGCUAGGGAGCGUCAGUCUAAGUUCAUCUUAGCCCUGAAGGUACUCUUCAAAAAACAGUUGGAGAGUGCUGGUGUGGAGCACCAGCUCAGGAGAGAGGUGGAAAUACAGUCUCACCUUCGACACCCCAACAUCCUGCGUCUCUAUGGCUAUUUCCAUGACUCAUCUCGUGUUUACCUCAUCUUGGAGUUUGCUCCCAAGGGGGAGCUGUAUAGUGAACUGCAGCGAUGUGGUCACUUUGAUGAGCAAAGGAGUGCAACGUAUAUGAAAGAACUUGCAGAUGCUCUUCAGUAUUGUCACUCUAAAAAAGUGAUACACAGGGACAUAAAGCCAGAGAACAUUCUUCUUGGAGCCAAUGGAGAAAUAAAAAUUGCAGACUUUGGCUGGUCUGUGCACACCCCAUCUUCCAGGAGGUCAACAUUGUGUGGAACAUUAGAUUACCUACCGCCUGAAAUGAUUGAAGGUAGAACCCAUGAUGAGAAAGUAGAUCUUUGGAGUUUAGGAGUGCUCUGCUAUGAAUUCCUUACGGGAAAACCACCUUUUGAAACGCAAAGCCAUGAGGAAACCUAUCGCAAGAUAUCGAGGGUGGACUUUAGGUACCCUGAUCAUAUGAGCUCCGGGAGUCGAGAUUUGAUCAACAAACUACUGAAACACAACCCUUUGCACAGAUUACCCCUCCAUGCAGUGCUGGCACAUCCUUGGGUGGUGGAACAUUCUACAAAGCAGCCCACUGUGGCCAGUCUUACUGGCCCCAGCCAAUGAGAAAUGUAAUACUGCUGCUUAGUGUUCAGAGUUUUUCCUGCUACAAAGGGGAUCAUCUGCCAGUGAUAUCGUUCCAUAGCACAAGGGACAGUUGUGUUAAAGGUGGCCCAUGCAAUACUUGAUGGUAGGUUCUGUACCAAAAAAAGAGAAAUUUUGAUUAGCUGUUUUAAAGUUGGUGUCUUUAUGUAUUGCAGCUGAAACUUUUCUGUCAAGGAUGAGCAAUUUUAGUGC